AUGCAGACUGCUUCUACAAACAUUUGUGAAAGACUGUGCAAUAAGUCCAUCCGUGAAAUUUUUUUGCUACUAAAUAUUCGGUCAACUGUUAGUGAUAUUAUAACAAAGUGGAAGCAACUGGGAACAACAGCAACUCAGCCAUGGAGAGGUAGGUCGUGUAAAUUGACAGAGAGGGUCAGUACAUGCUGAAGCGCACAGUGCGCAGAAGUCGACAACUGUCUGCAGAGUCAAUAGCUAAAGACCUCCAAACUUUGUGUGGCCUUCAGAUUAGCACAACAACA